AUGUCCAGCGCCCACCUCCAGUACUCAGGUAUCCCAGGCACCACCGAUGUCCUGACCUUCGACCUCAACACAGAGCACGAUCUCGAUUUAGACAUCCCCAAAGAACUCGAUACCGACCUCAUCGUUUGUGUCGACGAAGCUCAAAGACAAUCGUCAGACCUCAACCACUCCACCACCCACGAGAUCCUCCUCUACAUCAUCCACGGCACACUCCACUGCCUCGGAUACGACGACCACACACACCAAGAUUUCACUCAAAUGCACACAUACGAAGACCAACUCCUCACACAAGCCGGAAUCGGACCGCUCUUUGAUCUGAGUUGGAUCUUUGUCAUCCUCUGUGUCCUCCUUACGAUCUCGGCGCUGCUUUCGUCUGUGUCGGUCGCGCUCAUUACGCUCUCACGCGCCAAGCUCGCUUCGCUCAUCCAGCGCGACGAAGACUCUCAACUCUCCAAACGACUCAAAAUUAUUGAGAAAGACCCCGAUGGUCACGCGGCCGCGAUCAGACUGCUCACGAUCUUUGUCAAUCUCCUCGCCGGACUCGCAUCGAUCUAUUGGAUCACCGGCAUCCUCAAUCUCCCCUACGCAACACUCCCCGCUGUGCUCGCAGGACUCGUCAUCGCCACGCUCCUGAUCUGGCCCGCAACCAUGCUCGUACCGAUCGGGAUCGCCAAUCAUGCCGGCGAACGCUUCGUCGCAACUUUCUCAAUCCUCAUCCGCACUACACACACCGCUUUCUCACCAUUCCUGCUCCUCAUGCGAUUCCUCGAUGAAGUCAUCCGCCGACUCGCAGGCACAGACCUUGAACCGGAGCAAGACGCCAUCAGCUCCGAACUCCUUUCAGUCGUAUCCGAGGGUGAACGCGAGGGGCACAUCGACGAAACAGAGCGCGACAUGCUCGAAGCCGUCGUCGAGUUCCGCUCCACGCUCGCCGAGUCCGUCAUGACCCCGCGCACCGAGGUCGACGCGCUCGAGUACACCAACGACCUCCAAGCCGUCCAGCGCUUCAUCGACGAGCACGGCCACUCACGCGCGCCAGUCUACGAAGAAAACCUCGACCACAUCAUCGGGAUGCUCUACGCCAAGGACCUCCUCGGAUGGAUCAUGUCCCACGACCAGAACGACACCUUCGAUCUCAAGUCCAUCCUCCGCCCGCCAUCCUUCGUCCCCGAAACCAAAACCGUCCGCGAGCUCCUCGCGCAGCUCCUCGCAGACAAGGUCCACAUCGCGAUCAUCAUCGAUGAAUACGGCGGCACCUCCGGACUCGUCACUAUGGAAGACAUCGUCGAAGAAAUCUUCGGCGAGAUCCAAGACGAAUACGAAAAACCAGAAGACGACCCCGCCGGAGUUGAGAUCGAUGAGUCAUCCACCUUCGCCACAAUCGACGCUCGCACAGAGAUCGACGACGCCAACGACGAGCUCGAACGACUCGGGAUCGAGAUCCCAGAAUCAGACGACUACGACACCGUCGCGGGAUACAUCAACACCACACUGGGACGAAUCCCCGAGCAAGGUGAACAAGUCACCCAAGACAAAAUGAACAUCACCAUCCUGGAAGCAGAACCCACCCGUGUGCUUUCCAUCGCCGUCGAGCCGGCGCCCGACGAGGAAGCCGUCGAUUGA